GUUGUAAAAGUAAUAAAAUUAUAUUCCUAUUACGUAUCAAAGUAAUUAAUAUUCUUGAGGGGUUUUAAUUGCAAAUACGACAAAUACUGAGUCUAUAAUCGACUGCAGCCGAGCACCAUCCGAACAUCGAACUUGAAGUCUGUAAGUGCGCUAUAUAUAAAGAAAUAAAUAUAUUUUUCCAUUUCAUAAAGUUGUAAAAGUAAUAGAAUUAUAUUCCUAUUACGUAUCAAAGUAAUUAAUAUUCUUGAGGGGUUUUAAUUGCAAAUACGAGAAAUACUGAGUAUGAUAAGUAAGUCGGGUUACAUGUGGUAAAAACCGCUGGUUACAUAGACUGUCGUCUAUAAAAAAUAAUCCAAUCUCAUUGGCUGUAGAAUUUCCCGCGAAUUCUCAAAGCGCGGGAGAAUUUUAAUUCUUUCCAUUGAACAAAGAUCAUAUCUGUGAAAGAAGCGUAUCAGUCGUCUCAUUUUAUUAUUACGGUUCCUCCACUAAAAAAGCUAAGAAAUCCAAAAUGCCUCGAGAAACUCGAAGUUCAUCUACUCUUCAAGCUGCAAUCGAAUUUCCACGCCGUAAGACUCGCUCACAAAGAAAAAAAAGCGACUCAAAAGUCGAGGUUGUUAGAUCGCCUCGAAAGCGAAGAGACACAGCUGAAGUUCGUAAAAUUACAAUAUCUCCAAAGAAAAAGAAAAACAAUAAAGGAGAAAGUGAAGAUGUGGCCUCCUCAGAUACUGAAAACACAUCGCCACAAGAAACCAAGCUUGAUGGCUCAUUGCCACUUGUUUCCAAGACCAAAAUGAAUUUGUUGAGAAACAUAACUCCUUGUAGGCCUUCACUUGUUGAUAGUAUCUUGGAUAAUAAUUCUACUCCAUGUACCCCAAAACAGAGAUCAGUGUUAUCAUUAGCAAAGGCAGAGGGACAAUGUUAUAGUGCAGUAAAGAAAGCUCUUCAUACAGGGACUCCCAAAGCCUUACUCUGCAGAGAAAAAGAACUGAACACUAUCCAAACAUUCCUUCAUAACCAUCUUUCAAAACAAAAGCCUGGAAGUUUAUACAUCUCUGGUGCCCCUGGGACAGGAAAAACAGCUUGCUUGACUAAAGUCAUGAACGAAUUAGAGGAUGAACUAGAUGGCUGUCCAAUCACGUUUGUAAACUGCAUGACUCUUCAACAUUCAAAUGCAAUAUUUAAUAAAAUUCUAGAGGAUUUUCCUGGAAAAGACAAAGUUUGUGGAAAAGAUUCUCAAAAGGUUCUUGAAAAAAGAAUUACAUCGUCAGGACCAAUGAGAAUUAUUGUCCUUGAUGAAGUUGAUCAGUUAGAGACAAAGAAUCAAGAUGUUCUUUAUACUAUGUUUGAAUGGCCUUCACUUCCAAAGUCAAAACUCAUUCUUAUAGGGAUAGCAAAUGCCCUUGAUCUAACUGAUAGAAUUUUACCAAGAUUGCAAGCAAGACCAAAGUGUAAACCUGAAUUACUUCAUUUCACUCCCUACUCAAGAAGUCAAAUAGCUACUAUUUUACAAGACAGAAUAUCACAGACAAGUGAGAGUGCAGUCAUUCUUGAUGCCCCAGCAAUUCAAUUUUGUGCAAGGAAAGUAGCCUCAGUAGCUGGUGACAUGAGGAAGGCAUUGGAUAUUUGCAGAAGAGCAGUAGAAAUAGUUGAAGCUGAUGUCAGAAAACAACAAAUCCUACAACCCAUUUUAUCAGAUAAAACCAACUCACCGAAAAAAGUAGCAACUGUUGUUCCAACAACCAAAAAAGUUGGUAUUGCACAAAUUGCCAAUGUUGUAUCAGAUGUUUAUGGUUCUCGUAUUAUGGCUGGGUCAAGUGGCAGUCAACCAACAAUACCAUUACAGCAGAAGUUAUUGAUCUGUACUCUCAUGUUGAUCAUGAAGCAGGGAAAAUCAAAGGAGGUCACAAUUGGAAAGUUUCAUGACAUGUACUGCAGUGUUUGUAAAAAACAACAAAUAAGCCAAGUAUCACAGGAUGAUUUUAUUGGUUUAUGUAAGAUGCUUGAAGCAAGAGGUAUUUUAGGACUCAAAAAGGCUAAAGAAACAAGACUAAUGAAGGUAUCCCUCAAGAUUGACGAGAAAGAAGUAGAGUUUGCCCUUCAAGAUAAGACUCUUUUGUCUUCAAUUUUACAAUCUGCUGACUAAUUUAAUUAAUUCAUUUUAAAGUUUUAUCUUGGUUAUCAGUAUUUUUCAAAUUAUUUUUAAACAUUUGUAAAUAUAAGGAUUUGUUCUUAGAACACAAAAAAUUUAAAUAU